UGGGCGUGGCAUUUAUAUACAAAUAUAUAUAUAUAUAUAUGUAGUUCUGGGUGGUCUCAGAGGCGCGCAUAUUGAUGAAAAUGGCCUUGAAGUCCCAUAUCCUGUUUGUUCUUUUGUUAUUUGUUUUUGCCAACUCAAUCGUUUGUUCUUCAUUAGAUUUGCAGAGCACAGAAAGAGAAUACGACGGGUGGAUCUCAUGGAACCUAAAAAAUCACAGAAAGAAAGUGGACUUAUAUUCCUCAAUGUCCGUCGACGAAACGAUACAAAGUGGCCGGAAUGUUGAUCGGAAACUGAGAAAGGCAGAGAUGUACAGAGUAAAUAUUACAGUUAGUCAAGACGGCGAUGGAGAUUUCAGCACCAUAAACGAAGCAAUCGCCACCAUCCCCACUUAUAACAGUCGGAGAGUUGUGGUGAUGAUUAAACCAGGUGUUUACCGAGAAAAAAUACAUAUACCCAGAACAAUGUGGUUUGUUACGUUCGUGGGGGACGAAGCCAAUCCACCGACGAUAACUGGAAACGACACCGCAUCGGUUACUGGUAAAGAUGGAAUCCGGUUGAACACAUUCCAGAGCGCCACUGUCGCUGUCGAUGCAAACUAUUUUAUAGCCAUCAACAUCAAGUUUCAGAAUACGGCGGUUCAUAACGUCGGAUCGAGGGGAGAACAAGCAGUGGCACUUCGUAUAUCAGGGACAAAAGCUGCAUUUUAUAAUUGCAGUUUUUUAGGAGCACAAGACACACUUUAUGACCACAAGGGCCUUCACUAUUUCCACAAUUGCUUCAUCCAAGGCUCUGUUGAUUUCAUUUUUGGCUACGGAAGGUCCUUCUAUGAGAACUGCGAACUGAACUCGAUAGGGAAGAAAGUGGCGUGGUUGACAGCCCAGAAGAGAUCAAAUUCUUCACUGGCAAGUGGGUUUUCGUUCAAAAAUUGUAAGGUGACAGGAAGUGGUCUGGUUUACUUGGGAAGAGCCUGGGGCGAUUACUCAAGAGUUGUUUUCUCGUAUACUUUCAUGGAUGCCGUUGUUCUUCCCCAAGGAUGGAGUGAUUGGGGUGAUCAGAAGCGUGACACUAGAGUAUUCUAUGGAGAAUACAAAUGCAGCGGACCUGGAGCCAAUUUCACAAGAAGAGUCCGAUGGGAACGAAUUUUGACAGACGAGGAAGCUAAGCCUUUUAUAGACACUUACUACGUGGAUGCUGAUACUUGGCUCGUUCCCCCACCUUAUUAAACUACUACUUAUACAAUCUUUACGUGCUAAAAAUUUCUACAUAUGAAUCCUCCUCCACUUAAACUUAUUAUAAUUAUUAUGGGAAAAUAAAACAGUUGGUUUA